AUGAUAUCUAUAUCAUCAAACUCGUGGCCUUUGGAUUCGCUACCGGAUGUAGUCAAGAAAGGAGUUGACGAAUUACAUGAACUCGCAAAUCCCCCUAUUCAGGAUCAGUCCACCAUUGACGAGAACCUAGAAAAGUGCAUUAUCAACGUGUUGCAGGGAACAAGUGCUCGUUCAGGAAGUCGUCAAGCAAUAUCGUACAGUAGCUUUUACGCUAAGCCUUUUUCCCUUGGCUCCUUAUCUGUCAACAUGGUCCACCAUUUGUUGAAUACGGGGAUGCAAGGAGAGCUGUAUCUAUCGUAUCCAUCGAGAAUCGAAGAUUCGUCGGGCACGCUGCCGUUCUGGAGCCGUCCGCUUGCUUUUGGGAAAGAUAUCAACCACAAAAUAUUGAUCCAGGUCCCUGACCGCGGUUGCACGACAUAUGUGCAUCGAGAACGGGGGGAUUCUACAUCUCAAAACUCCAUAGAAUCCCCUAUCUCCGAAAAGAAGACUGCGGAUAUUGAGAUCGAAGCUGUCGACUCAAACGAUUUUCAGGAUAUUCCCAGUGAGAAAAUCAUCGUACCUGGAGAAGACGAUGUCGUCAUCGACCCUCGUCUGAAAGAUUAUCCUAUUCCUUUGCUGGCGAAGACUGUUGACCUGCACAAUGACCCGACUGAACCAAUCCUCACGUUCCGAUUUUGGUUUUGUUCUACUUUUUGGGUGGUUAUUGGAUGUGGAGUUUCUUCAUUCUACUACUUUAAGCCAUAUUCCAUGAACCUUACGAGUUAUGCCGUGCAACUCUUGUCUUGGGGUAUGGGUACGGGCAUGGCCGCUUACUUGCCAAAGCGAGUCUUCAAUACCUUUGGUUUCAAAUGGAGUCUUAACCCAGGGCCAUGGAAUGCAAAGGAACACGCUCUCAUUGUGGUAGCUUAUUGGGGUAGUUGCUACACUGCGUACGGUCUCGGUCCACUCUCUGCGAUGGAAUUAUACUAUGGUCGCAAGAUAAAUGCUGGUUGGGGAAUUCUAUUCCUCAUCACGACCCAAAUGAUAGGUUAUGGAUUUGCAGGACUCUUUCGGGAUAUCCUCGUUCGACCUCCUAACAUCUACUAUCCGGGAGUUUUACCAAACGUGUCUCUGUUCAAUGCCAUGCACAAGAAUCCGGCUGUCACGAAGAAAUCCCUUAAAUUCUUCACUAUUGUUGCGUGUUGCGCAUUCUGUUAUGAAUGGUUUCCUUCAGUUAUCUUUCCACUUUUGAGCUCAAUUCCAUUGAUUUGCUACUUUGGCCACGGUAAUUGGAAGGCAUAUGUGAUGGGGUCUGGAUAUAAUGGCUUUGGAUUUCUCGAUAUCAGCUUGGAUUGGAACUACGUCUCCUUUUUCUCACCUCUUUAUACACCGCUCUGGGCAAAUGCGAAUCAAUUCAUGGGUGCAAUUCUAGCAUGCUGGAUGAUUUACCCUCUUUUGUACUUCACCAACAGCCUCAACGCGUUGAACUUCGCCCCUAUGGGCUCUGGUACGUGGGAUGACACUGGCGCCAAGUACAAUAUUUCCCGGAUACUCAAACCAGAUUUCACGCUGGAUCACGAAGCAAUGGAUGCUUAUUCUACACCCUAUUGGUCUGCAUCUUAUGCUCUUCAAUUUUUCUUUGGGUUUGCUGCAUCUACUGGAGCCAUGGUAUACUCAGUGCUGUGGUAUGGUAAACCAGCUUACCAGGGAAUGAAAGAUGCUUUUAGAAAUAGAAGGAGUAAUUAUAAUGAUCCUUACCUUAAGCUGAUGGAAAUACACCCUCGCGUCCCACAUUGGUGGUAUGCAAUUUUGUUGCUCAUCUGCUCUGGACUUGCCAUCGGUCAACUCUAUGGAGGUGAAAUGCAACUUCCUUGGUGGGGCUUUAUAGUUAUUGCAGUUAUCUCAUGUAUAUUCACAUUUCCAAAUGGAGUCCUUUGGGGCAUCGCAAAUAUGCAAGUCGGAAUGCAAUAUCUAUCCGAGGUGAUAGCUGGAGCUCUUUUCCCGGGCAAACCUCUGGCUGUUCUUACGUGUAUGGUCUACGGCCGACAGAUCCUGGAGCAGAAUCUCAACUUGAUCUCUGAUUACAAGUUUGGUUUCUAUAUGAAGAUCCCAGAAACGGAGAUGUUUAUAGGCCAGAUGUAUGGUACACUUUUGGGCCCUUUCAUCAACUACGGAAUGAUGAGAUUCAUCAUUGACUCCGAAGGCCCAAAAUUAACUGGCGCCGUUGCCUCGCAAGCCUGGAAUGCCGUUAAGACCCGCAAUUACUAUUCCCUUUCUGUAAUUUGGGGAGUUCUUGGCCCUAAGAUCUUCUUCGGGCACGAUUCCAUAUACAAAUGGAUUUGCUAUGGAUUUUUCCUUGGUCCCAUACUUGUCAUCUUGACCUAUAUCGUCCAUAAAUGGAAACCUCAUUGGAAGAUCGAGGAAAGAUGCAAUCCUACAUUGAUUUGCUACGGUGCUACUUUCUUCCCGGUAUACCAGACAACGAAUUUGUUUACUAGUGCUGCUUUCUCUGUAUUUUUCUAA